UGACGAAUAUAACUGUAUGACAAUCUAUUCUCUACUCUCGUUUACAUGUACAUAUAAUUUCCAAAGCAUAUACGCGUUGAUUCAUUUCCGCAAAAUGGAGACACUGCCACUGAAUACACCACUCUUUAGGAUAAACAUCAACGCCUGUACUGAGCAGAGAGUGGCUGUGCCAACGUUGCAGUACUCGUGUCGUUACUGAAAACAUGGACGUUCAUCAUCAGUUCUUCAUCCCAUGUGUUUGUAUUGCCCACUUCCUUUGCCUUUGUCAUCAUUUUGGUAUCGAUAUUGGAUGGUUAACGACGUUCGUGUGGAGUGUUCGGAAUGUGGGUUGCACGAUUUUGUUCGACAUAAAAGGAAAACUGCCUCCGUUUAUCAAUCGAGUAGUUUAUGAAGAAUGUUGCUCUUAUGUUAUUUCUGAACUUUUGAAUAAGAUUCAUGGGGCGCCCUUUGGAAACUCCCUGGAACAAAACCUGAAAGGUUCUGUCAACAGACAAGCGUCAUAUAGUGAUAACACCGACUGACUGAUGAUCGCGAACAUGCCAGAAUAUCCUAUCUCACCUGUGGCAUUCGUCACAAACACAUGUAAAGGGCGCGGUACAAGAACAUGAAAAUAGGGAAAUCCACAAACAUCCUUUUUGUCAGACACAAAUGAGUCAAAUUGUUUAAUUUCUCUCUCUUACCAUGCUCUACAGACGAAAGCAAACCUGGGUGCAUAACUACACCUAAUAAGGUAUCAUCGCUAAUCAAUCAUUAAAUACCGACAUGAGUGUUGCCAUUGAUGACUGUGUAAGUAAAAUGAUUUCCUUCACUCCCCUCAAGCCGGGUAGCUCAUUCGCCACUUGAUCAUGCAAGAUGCAUCAUCAUGAGGUUCAAAUCCCCAUUUAUGGUACAAGGUCUGUCAGCGAAAUAUUCCAGCUUCCAGAUUUCAGCAAAGUGGUAAACGCCUGAGAUCUGCAUCGAAUUGAACUUUCCUCCGACAUAAUACUGACACGUACGCCUGUUCAAAGAGGCAUUGAACCCAACUCACUCACCAUACAAUUCUAACAUCAAGAUGCAUGCGAUGAUGACCUUUCACGUUACAAUGUAACCGUGUAAGUGGAAUGCCAAUCAAGUACUUAUUAGCAUGACCAAAAUUAUGUUAGUUUGACCCGCCCAAAGAAUCCUGCCGUGAUCUACAAUUACCUCUUGUAUUUGUCAGUUAUCCAGUUUGUUGAACACAUUCCACACCAGAAGAAUUGAACGUGUAAGAACUGCGUGAAGGAGAUUCGUCUCGAGCCUAAACAUGGAUAUGGAGUCUGGCAACAUAAGUGACUACACGUACGAUUAUGAUUACGACAGUUUUAUACAGACAACAACAUACACGACGGAAAUUGUGGUAAACAGCGUUCUGCUGUACAUUGGAGUCUGUACCAACAUAUGGAUGAUCAGGUCUCUCUACAAAUCAUGGAAGACAGGCAGCAGGAUGCAUUUCUACCUCCUUGCCAUUUGUGUUGCUGAUUUGCUGGGAUUGUGCAUCCGAUGCGGAGUCAACAUUGGCGUUCAGGCAACCGUUGUUUGGAGAGGUGGAUAUUAUGGAUGUAAACUUUUUGUAGGUUUUCAGAUGUUUGGAGGUACUAUGUCCCACCUCAUCCUGGCUGGAUUCAAUAUCGAUAAUCUCUUCACCAUCGCCUGUAGUCGCUCCAACAAGGCGUUGCGUAUCGUCUUCCUACUGUUAUCCUUUGUAACUACCUUCAUUAUCAGUUGCGUUAAGUUCUACUUCUACCAUCUGGUUAACAUGUCGUACAAAGGUGAUGACAUAUACUACUGCCUUAUAGAUUCAGGAGCUGGUUAUCUUGCAGUUCCAGUGGUUCACGUGGCGGUAUAUUUCUUACUUCCACUUCUCAUGAUGAUACUGUUUGGUCUCCCAUCAUUAUUUGUAUGGUGCUGUAAAAAAGGAACACUCAGCUAUGAGAAGAUGACACGUGACGAUGACUCCUCCACAGACCUUCAGUUCAUUGGCAGAGAUAUUGGAAUAGUGUUGGCUUACGAUGUAGUAUUCUUCCUCUGCUGUGCUCCGCUUGUUGGAUAUAAUUGGCUCUACAGGUAAGGUUAUAGUGACCUGAAUACAUUUGGAAGAUCACUACCUGUUACUGAUACGUAUGAUAGAUAAGACAAAGUGGCCUAUGACCAUCCGGGUAAGAAUUGAUACACCCAUGUUUGUCGUAAGACGCGAGGUCAGGUAAUCGGGCGGACUACAUCAUCAUCUACAACAACA